AUGUCUAAGCGACCUCUGGUCCCCGCUUCGGUUCUGUUCCGAGUUAUGCCAGGAUCCAUGCCUGAGGCGGGAGCGCCGAAUGCCCCUGUUUUCGAACCUCAAGAGAUUCGACCGGAAGCUCCGUGGCAGGAUGCGUUCCUGCUCGAAGAGCAGCCGCAGCCUCGGAACGCUGAAGCUCACGACACCGUGAAUUCGCCCCCCUUUGAGGGAAUCGCACCGUAUAAAUUCCCCGCGACGGGAUUCGAUCGGAGAGAAGCAGCUCCGAUGGACACACCGAUGGCCCGAUUGUCAAGAGCUGUUCAAAAGCCACAACCUGGAACCUGGCGGCCUGAAAUCACCCUUCAACCCGAGCCCUUCUCCCAAAUAUCGCCGUGUCCUGGAGCUCCAGGAACCGAUCGGACGAAGCGAGAAACUCUACCUCAUAUCCCCUCCACACCGGAGACGACCAUCCCGGAACUCGGGCCGGAGGCAUCCCAGACUCCCUCAGCAGGAGCUCAAGAGCCCCUCGAGUUGCAAGCACCCCCGCCUGCACUAUAUAUAGCACCCGUCAGCAAACCAUAUGCCGAAUUUUUUCCGCCCAACGAUGCAGUGAUGCAACACGCUGAACCUGGUGCGCAAGAAUCAUGCCAAGAAACGCUGCCGGGAAUCGCGCGACCAGUAGACGGAGUUCCUCCUGAAACAGGUCGCGCCCAGGCCUCCGAGGGUCAGCCUCCUCCAAAUGGUGGAGAGUUCCGAGAAAUACAGCCAGGGUCUUCCAUAUCGUCGCACGGUGUCUCUCCUGAUGCCUCCUCGACUCACGUUGUACUACCGCAAAGUGAAGUUCAGAUUGUUUAUCCUGAACCAAUCGGAUCGGGACCGUACCAAGAGAUACAGCUCGAGAUCCCUCAGCCAGAACAGAAUCUUCCAUCUGCCAACUGUCGCGCGACGGAGGCAUUUCCGGGAAGUCAAAUACGUAUAGAAUUUCCCCAGUCUCCCGUCGCAGAAGCUUACAACGAGGUACAGCUCGGAAUUCCCCUCCCGAUACAGGGCUCCCCUCCUGUUGCCUAUCCAGUGCAGGGAGAUCCCCCGCUGGGCGAGGAACACAUGGUAUUUCCUCAGCCGUCUACCACGGACGCCUUCCAGAAUAUACAGCUCGAAGUGCCUCAACCAGCACAGAAUCUUCCUCUCGACGCCCAUCCAAUAUUUGGGGAAACUCCACAACGUCCAUCGGAGGCGUGCCUCCAGGCUCCUCUGGCAGAGACGGAUACGGAGAGGCGGGUCGAAUUCACUCAACCUGUACAGGACUUCCCUCCCGUCGACUACCGGACCCGAGAGCCGCCAACGCAUGGUGAGCUACAAAACCUGUUUCUCCAGCCUGUCGAGGGAGGCCCUAACCGGAAACCACAGCUUGACCUCGCUCAAACGGUGGAGGAUGUCCCUCCUGUCGCCUAUUCCACACUAGGAGAAAACCCGCAGAAUUCUGGAACGGAUCAAGCGAUGCUGCCCGUGAUCCCCCAGCCAGUAGAGGACGCUCCUCCUGACGACUACUAUGCAACAGCGGUGCUUCCGCAGGUUGAAGUUGUGGGGGCGUGUGCUCCGAUUCCCGCCGAAGAACCCUACCAAGCGAUGCAGCUCGGAAUCCCCACGGCGGUCCAGGACGUCGCACCCGUCGACGAUGACACACAACGGGCGCUACCGCAGGGUGAAGCACAGACGGAAUAUCGCGAGCCUCCAAUAUCAGGAGCUCACCGUGCGGUCCCACAACCGGUCCAGGACGCUCCCUUUGUCGCCUAUCCGGUACAAGAAGGGACGUCGCCCGGUGAAAUACAAAUAGCAUAUCCUCAACCCGAUGUUUCAGACGUCGAUCGAGGUAGACCGAAUCGUCUGUCUGUCGAAGACCCCGCCCCUAUAUUCUUCCCCAGAUUGCCCACCCAUCAUCAGGCUUGGACACCCGAACCAUCGCCUUGGUAUGACACGCCAGGCGAAAAUCGGCCUGUCUUGCAACAAUCGGCUCUGCCCGUUCAGCAACCUCUCCCUAUCACGUAUUCAGAGAUACCUCAAAUUGAGCCCGAGAUACCCCCGCCCUGGCCUCGCGCCCUCGAAGCAGCGAAAUCCGAAGAGUUGCCGAUUUUCCCCGAACCAACAACACCUCAGGAGGAUCCUCAAACACUUGACAAGGGCAUCGAGCAGCUCGGAGAAGCGGAGGAUCUUCCGGCUGAAGGAGCUCCUCCUCCUCCCCCUCCUCCCCAAGGACCGGAGGAGAGACUUUCACCAGUCGCAACGGAAUAUCAAGCGGGAACAGAGCCCCCUCCGGAGACAGCGACGCCAGCAGGGAUGCCGAUUCCGACGUCGACUCUAGCAGGAGCGAUUUCACAAGGACCGCGUCAGAUCUUCUUACCCCCUGGAAUUCCCGUACGGUCACCUCCGCAGGCGGAACAGAAACUCCGACUCAGUGCCAUCGCAUCACCUUUCCCGAUUCCUGCCUCAGCUGGAGUGCGUUUACGUUCGGGGUUUUCCGCCACGGCAACGUCUACAACCGACGAUAAUGCGUCCAUCGCGGAAUUCGUCGCUCUCCCCGCAGGGCAGAUCUCUCCCAUGAAGGGCCUGAAGGUUCUCGUUCCUGCAGCGCUUCUGGCUGCUAGAACAGGCACACGAGCCGAAUCCGGGGCAAAAUCAGUGUCCGCACUCAAGCCGGAAGAGAAAUUCUAUUAUCCUCUACGAAUUCUCGUCCGCGCCGAGAUUUCUGCCACGAAGCCGCCAUUUUCGCCUCCGUGUAAGAAGAGAAAUUUCACAGCGGCUGCCUCACCCUCGCGAGUGGGGCCACGACAAAUACUGGUGCCUCCCGGGCUCCCUAUCAGAAAUCUUCCGCCGAUGAACCCCGAUGAGAAUUCCGGACGAAUCUCUGAGCCAUUCGCAGAGUUACUGGCUCGAUACCGACAGUCACAUUUUUCCAUCGAAGAGAUGCUUGCCGCGAAGGCCGCCAAAAACGAUCGGGACGCUUUGCCCCGUACAGGCGCAGCAAAGCAUAUCAGAGGUUCCCUAUCCAUCGAAUAG